CCAAGCUUCAACUCGGUCAUCUCUAACGCAGCGUGCUCUCUCUCCCUCCUCCCAGUUCAUGGCGUCUGCUGCCCCGGAUUCCUCUCUUGUUCAGCGGCACAAGAGGAGAGGAGCUGCCUUGUCUUGUGCCGAGUGUCGCAGGCUGAAGCUCAAGUGAGCACCGGGUUGCAUUCAUUUCAAGCUGGUAUUCACAUGUAACCUCCUGUUUGGCGUUCGUCCAGGUGUAGUCGGAUUUUUCCAUGCAGUAAUUGCGUCAAGAAAGGUUGCGGCGCUAUCUGUCCCGAAGGCUCUCUCACGACAGGAAAGGGAAACAGGUUUGUGUUGGCUAACACUGAGGCGCUACACGAGAAGAUUACACAACUCGCAACCCGUGUUCGUACGCUUGAAGAUGCACUUGCUCUAUCGCAUAGCACACAGUCUUCGCACUCGCAUCCUUUGUUGAGCGAGGAGCUUCUCCAGAUCAAGAGACCACUCGAGAGGGAAAGGCUAGAUCACCCAAUAACGAAAGACACGAAGGAGGAGGGUGGAGACACAAUCGAUGCAAUGGGGUCAUUAGCUAUCUCAGCGGGGGGCCGUACCACGUUCUUUGGGCAAACAGCCAACUCUUGGUAUCUUCUACAGGUCUGUCUAUCCGACAAACGUCAAAUUUAUCUCGUAACAUUUCCUUAGAACGAAGGAUCCGACGAAGAGGAAGCGAGGUCUCCUACCUUCGAACCGAUAAUGCCCACCGAUAUUCCUUGGCUUUCCUUUGCGUUUCCUUUUGCUUCAUCAUCAGAAGGUCUCCGUGGUACAAUCAUAAGUUUACUGCCGAAAGCCCCGAUCGCAAGGCAUCUGUCCAACACAUAUUAUCGACAUGCAGCUUGGAUGUAUACCCCAAUAUCGGAGACUGAAUUCAACGACCUUGUUUUCCGGCCGUUGUACGAGAAUGACCCAUCGACCUAUGAAACUGUCAGCUCACACAGUCUUGCUAUUGUUUAUAUGAUACUUGCAAUCGGAACCCUACUCGAUCUGGAUAAGCCGGCACAUUCACCCGAAGCCUCUCAGCUUUAUCAUUUAGGACGAGCGGCCUUGUCGAUCGAUAGCGUGUUUGAGGAACAGUCGAUACCGGCAAUCCAAGCUUUGCUCCUGAUGUGUCAUUACAUGUUUCUGGAUCAGAUUGACGGUCCACGGUGGGCAACCAUGGGGUUGGUUGUUAAGCUGGCCCAAAGUGUUGGAUUGCAUCGAGAUAGUGGAAAAUGGAAGUUGAAAGCUGAGGAAACAUUUCGACGACGGUGUUUAUUAUGGGAGAUAUAUACCUAUGACUCGUGGCAGAGCCUCACUUAUGGUAGGCCCCCAUCGUUCUCAUUAGCGCAUAUCGACACCAAGCGACCCCAUGAAACGACGAAAAAUGCUCAUAGCGAGAUAGAAAUGUCUUUUGCCGCAUGGAAACAUGAAUUCUGCCAUGAGUGCCUCAGUGCCGUGCACGACCAAGUGUUGGUCAGUGCUCGGGCCCCAACGUACAAGACGAUCCAAGAAAUGGACAAAAAGAUCCGAAUGUAUUAUGUCCCCCCAAGCUUACAAGUUCCUGGGUUCGGUGGUGCCAAGUACAAUCGCGAACUGGAGCAGCCAUCGACUGAGCUUACGAUGCAACGUUAUAUUGCGUUCGCUAUCAAGGAGAUGUCAUUAUUUUACAUGCAUCGUGGAUUCUUUGCACGAGCACUGGAAGAUAGCCCAGCAGACCCGAUGGGAAGCAAGUAUGCGCCAUCAGUUCUUGCUGCUUAUACUAGCGCCUGUUCCUUCGUUGGCCUCAUAGGAAGUCUCUUCAAACAGCAUCCCGCACUCACUGAACGGAUGUGGUUCCUAUUCACUCAUGUCUUCUCUUGCUCGAUUGUUCUCGGCUCCAUCGCGGCAAAGUCUCAGAUGGCCAUAGCUCCGUCGGCUUUGUCGCAUUUAGAAUCGGCGUACUCUCUCUUUUUAUCGGUGUCAACCACUCGGAAACACAAAAUUCUGCCGGUCCUUGAGAAGCUGAAAGAUAGAGCCCAUGCCGCUUUGAAUAAUAAUGGCCUGAAGCAGGAUCAUACCCGGUUCUCUUCAGAUGUGAAUUCGCCGCCCAUAAAAGCGGAAGAGGAUGAACUUGCGGGGCUCGGAGGGAUGACACGGCUAGUUUCUCGAAAGAAGUCAACUUCACCGUCAUCCCCAUACUCGACUGCCAGCGCAGAGUCUCCACCUACAUCUUCCUCCUCUCCACCACCGGCAUUCCAAGCCAUUUCUUUGCCAGGUUCCACGGGGUCGCCUGAAUGGUCUUAUCCCCUCCAGGAACAACUCCCUGCUACUCACUAUUCUCAAUACCCUACACACGAGGUUACUCAUUCUACGAGCCCGGUUCUCCCCUAUCACUAUCCGCAGACACAGCAUAAUAUGACCCUUGAGAGUAUGUCUGACUACUAUGGGUACCACGGGCAAGGGACCACAACUCCAAUGAGGACAGAAUAUUCACCGUACAAUGGAUUUGACUCCCACAGUCCGAAUGAUCAGUACAUGAUCCCUACACAAGACAUUUCGGACUCCUGGCAGAAUCUCAUGGCCCAGUAUCGCCAUAUGACUUGA